UUUGGAUUGCCAUCUUAAAUUUUCUUUGAGAAAUGACUUCUAAAGUCCAUGCAGGCCCGGAAACGACAAAGGUUGGUAAUGAGAGUGGAAGAACAAUGAGUGGGAAAGGGAAUUGGAGGAAAUGUGUGAGUGUUUAUUGUGACAAGGUGAGGAGGUUUCCUAGUUUGGGUUGGGAGAGUAUGUGGAAGAUGGGGCGUGAGGACCCAAAAAGGAUCAUCCAUGCAUUCAAAGUGGGUUUUUCUCUCACUCUUGUGUCUUUGCUCUAUCUGUUGGAGCCAAGCUUCAAAGGAAUUGGAGAGAAUAUUAUCUGGGCUGUCAUGACUGUUGUGGUAGUAUUCGAGUUCACCGUAGGGGCAACUUUAUGCAAAGGGUUCAACAGAGGAUUGGGAACACUGUCAGCAGGAUUACUUGCGUUUCUUGUUAAAUAUGUUGCAAGAAGAUGUAGCCGCAUCUUUGAAGCUUUUUUCAUUGGAACUACUAUUUUCAUAAUUGGUGCUGCAGCCAGUUAUACGAGGUUCUUUCCCAAGAUAAAGAAGAAUUAUGAUUAUGGGGUCCUUAUAUUUCUCUUGACCUUUAACUUGAUAGCUGUUUCAAGUUACUGGAUUGAUAAUGUCUUUAAGUUUACACAAGAGCGCUUCUACACCAUAGCCAUAGGCUGCGCCAUUUGCCUUCUGAUGAGUCUAUUGGUAUUUCCAAAUUGGUCAGGGGAAGCUCUCCAUAAUUCCACAUCUUCCAAGCUUGAAGGCCUAGCUAAAUCUAUAGAAGCUUGUGUCAGCGAAUAUUUUUAUGGAGAAAUUGAAACCUCUGGCGAUAAAAAUUCAUCUGAAGAUAUAUACAAAGGUUACAGAGCUGUUUUGGAUUCAAAAUCCACUGAUGAAACACUUGCAUUACAUGCAAGUUGGGAGCCAAGGCAUUCAUGUCAUAAAUUUCCAUGGCAGCAGUAUGUUAAAGUUGGAACUGUUCUUCGUCAAUUUGGGUAUACAGUGGUAGCCCUACAUGGCUGUUUGAAAACAGAAAUUCAGACACCACAAUCUGUUCGAGUCCAGUUCAAGGACCCUUGUAUAAGGCUUGCAUCAGAGGUAUCAAAAGUGCUGAUAGAACUUGCCAACAGCAUAAGGAAACGUUGCCAUUGCUCUCAAGAAAUACUCUACAAUAAUCUUCAAGGAGCCCUGCAGGACCUCAACACUGCCAUAAAAUCUCAGCCUCGACUCUUCUUCGGCUCCAAUGACAUGCUGGCCAUAGCUGCAGCACAAACAACAGGGAAGACAAACCAAGUAAAUGACUCACUAUCAAAUGUUAAAACAGACUCUUCAGCAUUGCAAGAGUGCGAAGCUCAAAGGGCAUGCACUGAACAGCCAAAGGAAGCAGAACGAAAGGUGUUGAGACACCAGCUAAGUAAAAUUGCAAUCACAAGCCUUGAGUUUUCUGAAGCCUUGCCUUUUGCUGCCUUUGCAUCUUUGCUGGUGGAGACAGUGGCAAAACUGGACUUUGUUGUUGAGGAAGUUGAAGAACUGGGGAGAUUAGCAUGCUUCAAAGAGUACAGAAUCGAUGAUAAUGUUGUUGUCACUUGUGAGUCACCACGAUUUGAUGGUUUACAGGACCAUAUACCUACUCGUGCAACAGAUUAAAUCCAGGAGGACCCUAGCAAAUGCAUUCUUUAUGGACAUGGCUUAUUUUGAAUGGCAUACAAUGUUUUAAAGUUCAUAAAACAAUCCGGAAUGAUGAUAUAAAUAUAUA